GCGCUGUUGUCACGCAGCCCUAGUUUUUACAGGGAAAAUGUAUCGCUCUCGUUCACAGGCUUUCAUCGGAAUCGCUUUUAAUUCUUUACUUUUCACGGCGCCAUUGGAAGAUUUUCAGUUUAAUCGACGUUAUAGUAAAAACUGGUCGUGUAUUGGGUGAUUUUAGGUUUAAAUCUAGUAUAUUUAUACAACAACAAUGCCCAAAUCCAAGAAGAGGAACAGCAAAGGUGUCCCAGGAGGACAGCAUGGAGCUGUGCAGCCUUUCAGCGACGAGGACGCUUCAGUUGAGACGCUCAGCCACUGCAGCAGCUUUAGUGAUGCCACCAGUGUGGCAGAGGAAGGGGGAGAGGCUGAGGUUGCAGCUCAAGAUGAUUUUGAAUUCAAGCUGAAGGUUUACAUUGAUUCCACAGUUGAUAAAAGUGCUAAAACCAGGCAAGGUGCCCUUGAUGGAUUGAAGACUGCCAUGGCAACCAAAAUCCUGCACGAGUUUAUUUUGGAGAGGAGGAUGACCAUCACAGACAGCAUUGAACGCUGCUUGAAAAAAGGUAAAGGAGAGGAGCAGCGUGCAGCCGCCUCACUGGCGUGCCUCCUGUGCAUUCAGCUGGGUUCAGGGAUCGAGAGUGAGGAGGUGUUUAAGACCCUCAAACCUAUAUUUAAGACCAUCCUGACUGAUGGAUCAGCAAACAUCCAGGCCAGACAGGCUUGUGCAACGAGUCUGGGCCUCUGCACACUGGUAGCAGAAGACGAUAUCUUGGACAUUUAUGCCACCAUGGAGUGUUUUGAGAGCCUUUUCACUCGCUCGUAUGUGCGUGAGGAUGGCAGCAGGCCCUCCCUGAGCCCUUCGACUGUUCAGCUCCACACCAACGCGCUGCUCUCCUGGGCUCUGCUGCUGACCAUCUGCAGUGGCAGCCACAUGACUGCCAUCAUCCACAAACAUCUGGCCAAGCUGCCACGGCUGCUGGAGAGCGAGGAUGUUAACAUGCGCAUUGCGGCCGGGGAGACCAUCGCGCUGCUGUUUGAGCUCGCUAGAGAUGUUGACGCAGACUUUGACUGUGAAGACUGUGAUCUGCUGUGCAGCAAACUGAGCGCUCUGGCCACUGACUGCAAUAAACACCGUGCCAAGAAUGACAAGAGGAAGCAGAGGUCUGUCUUCAGGGAUGUGCUAAAAGCCGUGCAGGAUGGAGAGUUUGAGACGGAGACGAUACGGUUCGGUACAGAGCGCAUGGUCAUUGACAGCUGGGUGAGGAAGAGAACCUACGAUGCCUUCCGAGAGUUUGUGGGCUCUGGCAUGAACUACCACCUACAGGCAAAUGAGUUCAUUAGAGACGUGUUUGGACUGGGACCAGCCCUGCUGAUUGAUUCUGCUGCCCUGAAAGCUAUGAAGAGUUCCCGAUUGGAGAGGCACUUCUAUAACGCUGCUGCAUUCAAGGCUCGUACCAAGGCCAGAAACCGAUUUCGUGACAAGAGGGUGGAUGUGGGUGAAUUUUAGGGUCCUGCUUUAUUCAUUAACCAUGUAAUCCUUAUUUGGGUCCAGUGUUUUGCUGUUGUGUCUCCUCUUCCCAUAUUUAUAUCAUUAUUACUAGCAAGGAUAUUUUAAUGAAUAUGAAUUUGUGUGUUCACUUCUGGCCAUUUUGUGUACAUGGCCAUUUUUUUGAAAUGUUGUGUAAAUUGUAGAAUUAUGAGCCUGGAUCUAUUACAUAUACCACAUCAAAAACGUGUUUUUGCCAAGUGAUGUGACUGUGAUAAAAUAAAUUUAUUAGAAAUGUAA